CUACUCCAAUCUUGUCAAUGUGUAAAUUGUCAACUGUCUACUAAUGACAUCCGGCAUUCUUUUUAGUGUUUGACAGCUUUUGAGCUAAAGGCUAAAUCAUGGCCCCCAGAAAAAACAAAGUUGCGAAAGAAGAGGUUCAAGUGACUCUUGGACCACAACAUUUGGUGGGUGAAACUGUCUUUGGUGUGGCACACAUCUUUGCUUCUUUCAAUGACACAUUUGUUCACGUUACUGAUCUGUCUGGUCGGGAAACCAUCGCCAGGGUAACAGGAGGCAUGAAAGUCAAGGCUGACCGUGAUGAAGCCUCUCCUUAUGCUGCUAUGUUAGCCGCUCAGGAUGUUGCUGAAAAAUGCAAAACUCUUGGUAUCACCGCUCUGCACAUUAAGUUGCGUGCUACUGGUGGCAACAAGACCAAGACCCCUGGACCUGGUGCACAGUCUGCUCUCCGUGCCCUCGCUCGUUCCAACAUGAAGAUUGGUCGCAUUGAGGAUGUGACGCCUGUGCCAUCAGACUCCACAAGGAGGAAGGGUGGUAGACGUGGUCGCAGACUGUAAUCUUUAAGUUUAAGCCAACUGUGUGCUGUAAUAAAAUGGUGUACAGUU